AUGUCCUGCAACGGCGUCCGUACCGCCCUAGCCGACUGUCUCCUCAAGUCCGACUGCGUACUCAAAUCCGAACCACCGAGAACACCGCACGAAUGCCUGCAGCACCAUAGCGACGCGUUACCGAUCGAGUGCCAGCAGUUGAGGAAGGCCUUCUUCGAGUGUAAGAGGGGGAUGGUCAGUCCACUGCCUGGGAACGGGGAGAUAGUUUGCCCUUUUUUGCUGAUCUGGGGAUACGUCGCGUCUCAUAGUUGGACAUGAGGUCCGUCAGUCUUCGCGGGGCGUGAUCUCGCACGUCGAGAAACUGACUUUUUCACUCGUACCUUAUGCGUCGGUAACUCUUUUCCAGGAAACGGUUCCGUGGCAUCGAACCAGCUUCAACAAAAGUAUCGCCUGUCGCAACGGACGAAAAGGGGAGACCAUCAUAG